AGAUCCCUUAUCAAGUGCGGGUGACGGAAUGUGGUGGGGUUCAUUCUUUGGCCAUUAACAUUUCCUGGUCCUGUGGGGCUAUAAAGAUGGGGAGAGCAUAGGGUUUGCACUGAGAAAGGAAGAAGAGAGGGAGAUCGGUGGCCAUCGUAGAGUUCGAAGGGGCCUCAAGAGUCAUCUAGUCCAACCCCAACACCAUGGGAUUAGCAAUUCCUUUCCUCCUUGUCUUGUUCUUCAUUGGCGGUCAACUCGAAGGCACAGCUGCCCACGGUUCAGAGCUAGCGGACCUCAAGGCCCUUCUGGAGCUCCUGGAAGACAGACUUGAAUCUGGAGGAAAGGAGUUGGAGCUCGGUCAAGGAUUGAACGAACCGAACGAGGAAACAGCCAGAGAUGUUUCCCAGGCUUCUGCCUCCUGGGACAACGAAUACGCAAGGCCUCAGGGCGAAGGCGCCUUUGGUCCCAGCAGCUGGGAGCAUGCAGUGGCAAGAGAGCCGGCGGCUGCAAGGAACAAACUGAGAGCCCUUUUUAACUCUCCCCGUAGCUUGCAAAGGUCCUCAAACUGCUUCGGCCAGAGGCUGGACAGGAUAGGGACCUCAACUGGACUUGGCUGUAACAGGAACCGGAACUGAAGCUGAUGCAAACCACCGUCUCCAUCUUCCGUCUCCGACGACAACCAACUCCCCAGCCUUCCCCUGCUCCCAUGGCACCUGAUUAAGGCGCUCCCGACUACUCCUAUCAAAGAAUGCACAACUUCCUUGGCAUGCGGACAAUUCACCGGCAUUUUCUCACUUUCACCAUGACUUAGUUCCCAGAGAUCAUCAUGAGGAUGGAAGGAGAUGAGGUUCUACUUGUAAGCCCACUGCAAGCUCUCAGGACUGGGAGGGAGGGAAAUUGGACGUUCCCCCUGCUUUGUAACACGAAUUGGCUUCAUUUCCUCAAACGCAUGCGAUCAAAAGCGGCAACUUGGACGCCCUUGCUCUGUCCAGGGAUGUAAAAUGGAUUCAGCACCAUGGAAAGAGACCACACUUUUUGCCUGGUCUCUCAAGCCCGGGAACUGCCUUGUUCCCACAGAGGAUUCCCCACAACUUGGCAGUGGCUCGCCGGAAGAUGUUGGGAUGCCAAUUCCCACUAGCCAGCAUGGUUAAUGGUCAGGGCUAAUGGACACUGUGGCCCAACAACAUCUGAGAUCCUAAGGUUGAGAAAAGCUUGUAGGUGUGGAAACAUCUGAGCCUUCCUUCUCCUUGUGUCACAUGCCAAACUGCUUCCCCCCAGCACAGAAUAUAGGAGCUGUGCCAAUGGUCCAUUUUGCUCAGUAUUGCCUGCACGGACUUGCAGCAGCUCUCUAGGGUUUCAGGCAGGGAGACUAUGCCCAUUAUUUUCUCAAGAGCCUCUUGCAACAGCUGCCAUGGCUGAUUUUUCAUAAAGGACACCCCCUGCCCAAUAUUCCAGGCACAUUUCCUGCUGUUUGCUGUUUUAACCGCUGCAUUAAAUGGUGCAUUUGCAGUGACAAAA